GCGGCUUCCUUACCUCAUUUGUCCUCGCCCCUCCCCGUUCCUCUACGUGUUUCGGUUCCUGGUUGGUGCUUCCUGGUUGCAGCCGCGGCAGUGAGUAUUAUUAAGGCAACUGACUUUCCAUAAUGUUUGGUGGCUAUGAGACUAUAGAAGCAUUUGAAGAUGACCUUUAUCGUGAUGAUUCAUCUAGUGAACUGAGUGUUGAUAGUGAGGUGGAAUUUCAGCUCUACAGCCAAGUCCAUUAUGCCCAGAAUAUACAUAAUGCCAACAAGGAGGAAGGGUAUGAGGAAAAGAACUGUGAGAAUUCUGAAACAGAGAGUAAUCAACCAAACCAGAAGAACUUAAUCGUCCUCUCAGAUAGUGAGGUCAUCCAGCUAUCAGAUACAUCAGAGGUUAUCACAUUAUCUGAUGAAGAUAGUAUUUAUAGAUGUAAAAAAAAAAAUGUUAAAAUCCAAGCGCAAGAAAAGACCCAGAGUUCUGCUCCUCAUUUUAAUAAAGUGGCUAAGAAAUGCAAGAGGGAUAAUGAGAAGCCUGAACCUGAAGAAAAGCCAAAUGUGAUCAGAGAGGUCAUGAUCAUAGAGGUCAGUUCAAAUGAGGAGGAAGAAAGUACCAUUUCAGAGAAUGAAAAUGUGGAGAGCUGGAUGCUCCUGGGAUGUGAGGAAGACGAUAAAGACCAUGACAUCCUUCUCAACCUGGUGGGAUGUGAGAACACUGGUGCCGAAGGAGAAGAUGAUGUAAAUUGGUUCAUCAGUGACAAAGACAUGGAGGCCAAGAUAGAUAAUAACAAAUCAUCUGGAAGGUGGAACAACCGAUACUAUUCAGCUAACAAAAAUGUCACUUGUAGAAAUUGUGAUAAACGUGGCCAUUUGUCAAAAAACUGCCCCUUACCACAAAAAGUCCGGCCCUGCUGCCUCUGCUCGGAGAGAGGACACCUCCAGUAUGGCUGUCCAGCCCGUUACUGCUUAGACUGCUCUUUGCCCAUGUCUUCCACCCACAGAUGUUUUGAAAGAUCUUCCUGGAGAAAACGAUGUGACCGAUGUGAUAUGAUAGGCCACUAUGCUGACGCUUGCCCAGAAAUCUGGAGGCAGUAUCACCUAACGACCAAACCUGGACCACCUAAAAAGCCAAAGACCCCUUCUGGACAAUCAGCAUUAGUGUAUUGCUACAACUGCGCACAGAAAGGCCAUUAUGGACAUGAAUGUACAGAGAGACGAAUGUUCAACCAGACGUUUCCAACAUCUCCAUUCAUAUACUACUAUGAUAGCAAAUACGACAUCCAGCAAAGGGAUUGGAGAAUAAAACGAAAAAUGAAAGAUAUCAAGAAAAAUGGAGAUUUUCCAAGGCAGUUCAAAAGACCACAUGUAGAAAAGACAGAUGAGAGGCGCCACCACGAUAUGAGAAAAAACCAUUCCUCAAGAAAACGCAGUAGGUGGCCUCAAGAAAAUAAAGAAACACAGAAAGAAAAGACCAGGAGUAGAGAAGGCAAAACGCACAGGAGGGAUCACCAGCCUCAGGAUGAGGAUGAGGACUUCCCCAGGGGCUCAAAACCCAACUCCUCUGGCAGCGUUAACAACCAGAAGCCUUCCAGGUCUCGCCAUCAUGCAUCCCAUUAUCACAGGCUGAGAGAAGAGAAGUUUCUCAGAGAGAGCAAGCGGAGCAAACCAAAGAAAAGGAAAUGUGCAGAGGACGGCAGCCGUGACGAUUUAUUUCUUAUUAAGCAAAGGAAGAAGAGACCUAAGCCGAGUGGUUUCUGACCUGUUCUUCCUGCUUCAGUGUUCUGGAAGUGAUUUAGUAUCUGCUAAAUGAAGAGAGGCUGGGGAUUUUGAUUGCUGAAUUCCAGCCAUACCUAGAGUUGCUUUACAGAGGCCACAGAAAGUUCAGGUCUGUGUCUGCAGGCUGUCCUUAGGUAGGAAGGCAAACUUGAGGUAGAAAAUUGUCUUUUUCAAGAAAACCUUUUUAAAUGCUUUGAAGAAAUUACAAGCUCAUCAGAUGAAUUCAUCUAUAAUGUUUGAGGACUCAAAAGCUCAUUGGAAGAGAGUUUAUUAUUAAAGAAAAGUCACCACUUUUUUUAGCAUUCUUUUAAAAAAAAAAAAAAAAACCCACUGGAAAAUCAAUGAAAAAUCAGUGAAAAUCCAAGCCCAGCUUUGCUUGCAUCAGAGGCUGUUGGAAUCUUUCUCUGAACAGAACAGUGUGUAAAAAUGAAGCCAUCACCAUUGAAACCUGGGGGAGGUGGAGAAGAGGCCAUAGCAAAAUACAUAUACAGAAUGUGUACAGUAUGGGUGUGCAAGACAGAGAUGUGUGAGGCGUCCUCAAACUUGAGUGCAAUCACAGGGACACUGUUCUUACUGGUUAACAGCCAUAAUUCAAGAAAUAGAGGUAAAUAUUACCAACCUAAUUUGUUCUCAUGGAUCUUUUUAAACACUGCAAAGCUAUUUAGACUCUUUUGUACUUGUGAGCCUUUUUUACACUUGUGAAAGCCUAAUGUUAGAAUAAGAAAAAUAAAAUGCCCAAAACGUG